AUGAAGUACAAGCAUGAAGCCUGUGCAGCUUUGUUAAAUCCAUCGGCUACAGAGCCUUUAACUUGGCCAUCACCAUGCCUAAAGUUCAUCAAUGAGCUGAGUUCUGAAGUGAAAGCCUUAUUAGAGAAAGUCCUAAUUAUGGCCAACAAGGAGAGAGAGAAGACAAUCUUGAAGGAGACAUCCAACUCUCUUCUGAAACCCUUAAAUUUUGGUGGCAUUGACAAUGACAUUAAGGUAUGCUACUCAUUUUCAAGUGUUGAUUCAUACUUUGAUUGGAAGAGGAAGCUUGUGAGGGAUAGCUUACGACACAGAUUUAAGCUAGAAGUUUGCUCACAGUCGAAACAAAGAAGAAUCUCUUUUAUUUUGUAG